AUGGUUUACACUCUCGUCGUGCACCUUUACGCCAAGGAGGACCAGGAGUCCAUCAACAAGUUGAUCGCAAAGCUCCAGGAAGCUAGCCAGGUCUACACCAACGACAAGGAGUGUCUCGGCUGGUUCGUCAUGCAAGACACCAAGGACCCCCGCGCCUUCACCAUCGUCGAGCGCUACGCACACGAAAGCAGCCAGAAAUACCAUCUCGAGAACCCUUACUGGCAGACUUUCGACAAGUACGUUAUCCCUCUGCUUGCCAAGGACAUGGACUUGCGCCGUCUGAACGAGCUCGUCGACGACAAGUCCGAACAGGUUCGCGUCGAGCAGGACCCCAAGCUGUGGGAGGAGGUCGAGAAGCACCAGACCUACUAG